AUGACUUUUAAAAGGGCGAUUCCAAAUAGUUCGACCAAAGUUGGUUCAACUAAAAACGGUAGGCAGGUAGGUAAGGUACCAAUGAGCACUUUACAAUCUCCGAGCCAUAGAUGUGCAGUAGAUAGUAGUAGUAGAACAUCACGUAUGCUUCGAAAGCACAAUGUCAAAUCAUCAAAGAUAUCACUUAGAACACGUGCUGAAGUCUAUCUCACUGCCUCUGGUAUUAUACAAUGGAUUGAAGGAAUUCAAACAUUACUAAGUAUAUUCUCAGUGAUUAUAUUUAUCUAUGGUACUUAUUUACCACUUGAUAAAAGACCACCACUAUUCUAUGCAUGGCUUGAAUUGUCGUUGACCGUCUUUUUCACGUUACACUGGAUAUUGGAUUACUUUAUUUGCAAGGAUCGUCUCAAAUACCUCUUUUCCUUUUUCUCAUUGGUCGAUCUUGUCACUGUCCUCCCAAUCUAUAUCGAUAUAGCCAAUGGUGGUCUAUUUAGUGAAUUGUCCACCUUUCAAUUUCUUCGUGUACUCAGAACUGUUAGAGUAUUAAGAGCAAAUAGAGUUUUACAUUAUUUUGAAGAUAUUACACAAUAUUUAUUUAGAGUUGUGAUUGCAAUCUUUACAUUUAUUCUAAUUGUAGCAGCAUUUUAUAUGAAUAUUGAUUGUAAUCCAGUUACUCAGAAACCACUAGAGUUCCACUCGACCAUUUAUUUCUUGGUUGUCACUCUUACAACCGAUGGGUAUGGUGAUAUUCAUCCAACCAAUGCAGUUGGUAUGAUGACCAUUACCUUUGCCAUUUGUAUUGGUGCCGUUUUAAUUCCCUAUCAAGUUUCAAAAUUAUUAGAGAAAUUUAGUUCUUAUUCUCCAUAUAAAAGAGAUUUAUCAAAAGAGAAUUUACAUGGACAUAUAUUAUUAUGUGGAGAGAUUAAUUUUACAUCAUUACUUGAAUUCUUGACAGAGUUUUAUUUAGAGAAAUAUGGUCAACUUAAAAAGACAAUAGUUAUCCUAAAUUCAAAACCACCUUCUGAUCAAUUGAAAAUCUUACUCUUACAUCCAUUUUAUAAAAAUAGAUUAUAUUAUUUAGAAGGUCAACCAAUGUUGGAAAGUGAUUUAAAAAGAGCAAGAUUUGGAUAUUCAUCAUCUUGUUUUGUUUUCAGACCAAUGUUUUGGCAAGAAGGUGAUUCAAAUGCCAUUUUAACAGCACUUGCAAUGAAAAAUCUAAAGACUUUUGGUCCAAGAAUAUUUACUCAAUUGGUUCAACAUGAAAGCAAAUAUAAAAUAUCAUCAAAUGUUAAAAAUGUAAUGUGUAUUGAAGAUUUUAGAAAUGGUAUUUUGGUACAAUCAACAUUGUGUCCUGGAUUUGGUACAUUGGUUUGUAAUUUAUUUACAAGUCGUCAACCUGAAACAACGACCGAAGAUGAAAAAUGGGUCGAUGAAUAUGUUAAUGGUAGUGUCAAUUCAAUCUACAAGAUACCAGUGCCACAGGCAUUGGUUGGUGAAACGUUGGGAUAUGUCACUACCACCAUGUAUAGUGGUGCCAAGGCACUUGUGCUUGGUAUCAUUUUCGAUGAACGUGAAACUACUAUAGCUGGUGGUGUUGGUCUAGCUGCCAGUGUCAGUGGAUUGAACCGAUCGACAAAUAGUACACCUGUUGGUGGCAUACCAGGUUCACCAGGUCCAAAAAUGAAAACAAGUGGGACUGGUUUGCCAACUGGUGGUGCCAAAACAGGUAAAUCCUCACGGUUGGUACUUCAUCCACCCUUUUCAACUGUGCUCACUGCGUCGAUGCAGUUGAUCAUUAUAGCACACAGUCCAACUGCACCGGUAUUCAAACCAAAUGUGCCAUCGAUUAUUCGUCGUCUCGACGAUAGUAGCGACGAAGCACAAAACUCGUUCCUAACCAACCUAUAUAACCGGUUAUUUGCACCAGAAGAGGUGCGUCGCGGGUUCCAAGAACUCAACGAAACAUCUGACAAUCUCUUUUCCGACUCUGUUCACACCUUUUUCACAUCGACCUAUACAUCUAGUCCCAUUGAAAUGGAUACAUUUAAUAGUAGUACUGGAGUGGCUUCUACAUCUUCUCCAUCUCCUCCAACAUCCCAACAUCCAACUGAUCCUAAUAACAACAAUAACAGUAUCUUUAUAAAUGAUCCAAAUAAUAAUAAUACGAAUACGAAUACGAAUACGACGAAUGAAAUGAUACCAAAUAUUAAUGUACACCAUGUACAAAUCAAGGAAUAUGAAAAACCAAAUCCAUUGUUGGAGCUUUGCAAAACCGAGUUUAACAAUGAUUGGGAAGAGUUUUUGUGUACGGUUGUGGAAAGUGUCGACGCUAAAAAGACACAUUUACAAUCGAUUGUGGACGAGUUGGAACCUAUUGUCAGAUCGAUCGAGAAACAUACCAAACUUGACAAUGACGACCUCUACGAAGAGGAGGAAGAAAAUAACAACUGGCGCGAACAUAUUAUUAUUUGUGGAUCGAUUAAUAGAAUUGACUUGUUUUUGCGUGGCCUGCGUCAAAAACAUAUUGCCGAUCAUAUCAACCACUUUUACUUUAUCAAGAAUCAUCAGCCAGAUAAUCGGUCUUCGCCACCUGCCAUUGUCAUUUUGCAUCCAGAAGAGCCUGAUAUGAGCGAGUGGGAUGAUAUGGAUGACAUUUUCUUUGUCAAGGGGUCACCCUUGGAACGCAAGGAUCUCGAGUCGGUCAACAUCCAUCUGGCCAGCAAAAUCAUCAUCUUGUCGGAUCCCUACACUGUCCACCACAACUCUAGUCUCACCGAACAGACUUCAGUCCAACUCGACAGCGACACGAUCAUGGCCUACCUCGAAAUCAACGAAAUGCUAACAAACAAACGAAACAGCUCGUCCUUUUUGACGGUCGAGUUGGUACACGAGCCCAACAUCCGGUUCAUCUCGAGAAACACCAAGUCCAUUGGCCCAACCAGCAAAAGUCGUCUCAAGCGUGAGAAUGAAGAGAUUGAAAAGCCAAAAUACUAUAUUACAAGUGAGUUUGCAUCGGGCAAGGUACUUACUCUCACCACACUCGACUCGCUGCUCUGUCAAUCCAACCACCAAGAGUAUCUCUUGGACGUGGCUCACGAGCUAGUCCUCGGUGUCAACGGUAUCAAAAGGUACCAUCAAAAGUUCUCAAAUCUCAUGGACUCUGAUUCGGACAGCAGCGGUGAAGAGUAUUAUGGUGGUGCAACCACCGAUGAAGAGGAAGAGGGUAGUCACCGUCUCUUGCACAAGACUAAAAUGUACCGUAAUCUAUCUAGAGGUUCGAUUGGCAACAAUCUAGCAUCACUCGGUGCCAGCACAUCUGGUUUGAUUGGAGGUAGUCCAUCGGGACACGAACAUAGUUCAUGUCUUUUAAAUCAAAUCAAGGUGCCAGAAUUGUUCCAUGGAAGAACCUAUGGUGAAUUGUUUGAAGGUUUGAUUCACAAAAAUAUCCUUUCUCUUGGAUUGUACAGAUGCAAGGAAAUCACAGGUGCCCCCAAUCCAUACGUUUUUACCUGUCCUCCAGUAUCUACCAUUCUUCACGAAAACGAUCUCGUCUACAUUCUCUAUCAUCACAAUCAGCUCGGUGUUUCAACCUCUGGAUCCACCUCUGGUGAAGUAUCUAGAACUCAUAGUUUUACCAAUCUUUCCAGUCCAAGUGUUUUACAUAAAUUUAAACAAAGAAUGUAG